CCGGAGCCGCCCUCGACUAGAGUAUAGCAGGAUUACAUGUGUUACCUGCGCCGACUUCAGGAAGAGGGUUGUCCAGUGUCCGCCGACUCGAGUUAGGGGCGAAUCUUGCGGGCUCGCCGUCCCGCGCCGUCAAUCGAACAAAAAGGGCGGCAGCAAAUUUUUACCGACCGCGACAGCCGAUCUAUCAAUGGUCUUCCAUAAACUACCCAUUCAUAUCAUUUCAGCAUCUACGCCUGUACAUGGCGCCCCAUACGCGAAGGGCGCGCAGCUAUUAAAUUCCGUGCCGGCGCAGCUUUGGUGCCCUCCGGCUGCUUCUGCGUAUGUACACAGAAGAACAACUUUCGUUUCCCUGCCGGCUCGUCCUCUCGCCCGCGCGUCCUUGGGUGACUCGUCGUUCGCCCGUGCCACAGCAGUCUCCGCGCGUUGACCACAUAUGACUGGACUCAUAAGAUGCUGCUUCUGGCCUCGUAUGGGCCCAGAGACUAAAGAGGCGACCGAGCGAACGCAUUUUGAUGUCGACUUUCCUGGGCGCGUGGCUUCAUGCGCAGUUUCGGACCUCAUAAAACAGAGUUCAUCGCACAAUGAAGGCUGCCGCGCUAGAGAUGCGGUUCUGCGUCUCGGCGGCACCACAAAGCCCAGCGGACCCAGCCGCGGCUGCCAUGUAGAUGUCAUCACUCCAUGUCCUCAGCACGAGCCGUUGGCUGCUGGACCCACAUGCAACGCAGUAGCUGCUGCGGCUGCUGCCGCUGCCCCAGCAGCGGCAGGCGGUGGCGGCGUGAUCCAGCUGGCGGCGGCACCGUGCCCCUCAGCACCACCAGUGUUAGGAGCGCUGCUGGCGACAGCAGCCCAGCGGCCCAUCAGCAGCAGCAGCGCUGCUACUUCUGUUGCUGCUGCUACUGCCACCGGAGGUACAGUAGUGCUGACCAACAGCUCUCCCUUCUCCCUGCGGCGGCCGUCGGCUGACGUGGCAGGCAGUUGCGCCUACAGCAGCUACUGCCGCAGCACUACUGCUGGGACCAGCAACCGCAACAGUAGGGAGGUGGCGGCGGGCGCCGCCGCCGCCGCCGCCGCCACCGCCGCCGCCUUCGGCGUCCCCAACUGUAUUCUGUCCACGCCAUCCGCGGCUUGCGUGAUGGGCAGCGGCGCAAGCGCUGUUGUCGCUGCCGCGAGAAACACCCCUGCUGCGGCUGCGGUGGAGGAGGAGGCAGUGAUGACCGCCGCCGUCGCUGCUUCAUACGCCUGCGCUGCCGCCUUGGCGGUGGAGAAGGUGGUGGCGGUGGCGGCGGCGCGGCAGGAGCAACACAACAGUUGCUGUGGAACGGACCAAGGGUCGAUCACCGCUGGUUUCACGCCCGCCGCCACCGCCGAUAACAGCAGCAGCGAAUCUGGCACCGCAGCGCCCGCCGCCGCCGCUGCCGCCGCUGCCGCAGCUUCUGCUGCUGUUAAUUCCUCCGUUCCUCCGCUCGCAUUUCCGGUUCCGCUCACGGCGCUCACAGCAGCAACUACAGCAACGGACGCAGCCGCUGCCCCAACGGCCGCCGCCAGCGCUGCCGCCGCCGUACCCACGUCGGCGGCGGCGGCGGCGGGCACUGUGCCCCACGUGAUGACGGUCGGCUUCCACUCAUCCUACGGCGCACGCGAUUGGACUGAACUCGAGACCGGUCUCUUCACCACCCGCCACUCAUCCGUGUCUGCUGUGUCCUCGGCGGCGGCGGCGCAGGCGGCUGAGGCCGGCGGCGGCGUCACAGGCGGCGGCGGCGGAGGCAGCGGCGGCGGCCGCGGUCUGGAUGAUGACGACCCACUCGGCUGGACCUCAGCCGCCAGCGGCGACGGCGGCGGCGGGGGAGCCGUGGCAUCGCCAUAUGGCGGCGUCGUGCCCACGUGCUGCGCUGCUGGCUGCUGCUGCUGCGGCGGCGGGGCUCUCGAGGCCUGCUGCCAAAUCGACAGCCACUACAUUCGGAUUGCGGCGCGUGCUGCCAGGUUAGGCGUCAACCCCUCCUUCGGCGCCCAAAACUGGUACGAAUUCAAGACCGCCAUCUUCUCCUCCCAGCUGCAACAGGCCCUGGCGUCGCCGUCAGGCGGCGGCGUCGCCGGCGGCGCCGCGAGGGGCGGCGGCGGCACCGGCCUGGAGGGUGACACGCCGCCGCUGCUGCAGAUUGACACGGGUGGCGACAGUGGCCUGUGGGGCGCAGACACGCUGCGGCAGGAGCAGCUGAAGCAGCAGCCGCUACAGCUGAUUGACAUGCACGUAGGCCGGCUGCAUGACGAGGAGGAGGAGCAGGAGGAGAAGCAGCGGGCGGCGGCGGCGGUGGCGGCGGCUGGCGGCGUGACAGUAACGCCGCCGGCGGUAGCGGCGGCGGUGCCGGCGGCGGCGGCAGCCGUACGUAGGUCCGCCGCUGCAGUCUCGGUGAUUGCGGUCACGGGCAUCGGCGGUGGCGGCGCCGUCAGCAGGCCAGAUGAUGAUGCCGAAAUAGAGCCGCUGCCGUCGCAGCAGCGCCUGGACUCGGACCCAGGUCUGCCACCGUUCGUGAUGGGCACACGGAUGGCCUUCCCCGCCGGAGCCAUCUCCGGUGCGCCCUGGGCGCCGGCGCCAGCCGCGGUGGCGGCGACCACGGCGGGGGCGGCGGCGGCGCAGCAGCCGGCGGUGCAGCUGUCGGCGCCUGCUGAUAGGGGCUCCGCGCCGCCGGCUUCAGCAGCAGUGGGGUUGUGGGACACUUUGGUUCCACAGGCAGCAGCAGCGGCGGCUGCCACGGCAGCGGAAGGGCCGCCAUCCCCACUGCAGCUGUGGAAGCCUGUGGGGAUCCAUAUUAUCGCGGCGGCAGCGGUGGCGCCGGCGGCGACGGCUGCUGCGGACACUCGCAGCCGCCACCCUCUGCUACCGCCCGUGCCGCUCCCGCGCUCCCUCCUGCUGCUGGCGCCGCCACAGCCGAUGCGCAUGGCAAUUGACGGAUUGCCUGGCGCGCGCGGUGGCGGCGGCUGCGGCGGCCACAACUUCCGCAGCCACAGCAGUGUUUGUACGGCUGUGGAUGAUCCUGACACGGUCCGCGGCGGCGGCGGCGGCGGCGGCGGCGGCGGCGGCGGCGGUGCCGGGCGCCGGAGCGCGGCCUCGCACCCAGCUGCUGUGGAUGGCAUGUCGGCGGCGGCAGCGACGUCGGUGGCGGCGCCGGCGGCGGCGGCGGCGGCGGCAGCUGGGCGCGCAUUGGCGGCGGCGGGUUACAGCACCAGCAACUACAGCUGCUACGGAGACGGACCAAUGGAUGGUGCCAUCAGCAGCGGCGGCGGCAGCCACUGCGCCCCGCUGUCUACCUGCGGCGGCGGCCAUUGCGCUCGGCUGUCUACCGGCGGUGUUGGCGGCAUUUGUCCGGUGGCAGCGGCGGCGGCGACGGCCGUGAGCACCGGCGGCGGCGGCGGCGGCGCGGCGACGCAAUACCUGCUGUCAGGCGGGCUGGUCGUGUCCGGCGGUGAUGGCUUCGUACUCAGCCUCCCCAACGCCGCCGGUAGCAGGGUUAACGCCGGCGGCGGCAGCGGCGGCGGCGGCAUUACUUGCCUGGACACGCAAAGCUUCGGCGGCGGCGUCGGUAGCACGGGCGGGCUGUUGGCGGCGUAUCUGUUGCCACCCAGCCAUUCGCACGCGCCCUCGGCCGCCCGUGCUUCUGCCGCCGCCGCCACCACCGCUAGGGGCUCGGCGGCUGAUGAGGCCUCUGCAGGCGGCGCCGCCGGAGACGCCACAUUCGCAGCGGGGCUCUCCCGACAGCCCCAAUGGCAGCCGCAACUGGUGGCGGCGGCGCCGCCACCGCCGCCGCCCGCCGUACGGCCCACGGGCCCGCCGCCGCCACCUCUGCUUGCCGCAACCGGCGCAGCAGCGGAGACAGCAUCAGCAACGGUAGAGGCGGCGGCGGCGGUGGCGGCGGGCGCUACGGGUGGCGGCGGCGCUGCUGCCGCCGCUGAAGAGGGCGGGGACGGUGUUGACAACGGCGGGUGGUGCAUCAUCGACCCUGCCGGGGGCGAACUGACCACGACCAUCACCAGCACCCAUACCCACAACCAGGUCCAAACCCACACCACCAUUCCCUCUGCCGUCGCAUCGCCUUCGCCGCCGCCGCCGUCUCCACGCCCCCGCCACCUGCUGCAAGCACCACCGCCGCCGCCGCCGCUGCUGCCGCCUGCAGCCGCUCCGCCGCGGCGCCCGCCGCUACUGCUCCACCCCGGCUCGCUGCGGCGCCUGCUCCUCACCUGCAUCGAGCGCAGCGCAGGCCCAGGCGUGGUCACAUUCCACGCCGUGCUGCCGCCGCCGCCGCCGCCGGUUCUGCCUCCGCAGGUGCCGCCGCCGUCGGUCAGCGGCGGUGGCGGCAGCGGCGGCGGUGGUGGUGCCGGUAUGACGUCGCUAACCGUCAAGCUAACCGAGAUGCCACACGGCCUGGACCUCACGUGCCUGCUUGCCGCGGCCGACGCCGCUGCCGCCGCGGCGGCGGCCGCGGAGCCGGCGGCCAUGGAGCCGGCGGCGGCAGGGGCGGCUGCGGCGGUCUUCGGCGCAGCAGCGGCGUCUCCAUGCGCCGCCGCUGCCGCCGCGCAUCAAGCGAUUGGCGCCGCCGCCGGCCCACUCGGCGCCGCCCGCGGUGCGGCGGCGAUAGUCGCCGCCGCCACCGCCGCCGCCGCCGAGGCCGCCGCAGCGGCUGGCGCCGCCGCUGCCUUCGCCUCGCAGCAGCAACAGCACGCCCUGCAGUUGCAGCUGCAGCACCCGCAGCAGCAGCCUCAUCCCAUGCCGCUUGCCGCCACCGCCGCCGCCGGUGCUGCCGCCGCCGCCGCCGCCGCCGCCGCCGCCGCCGAUGCCGCCGCCGCCGCCGCCGGUGCCGCCGCCGCCGCCGCCGAUGCCGAGGAGCUCGAGGGCUACCGACUGGCUUGCCUGGACGUGGCGGCGGCGGCAUCGGAGCUGGCGCUGCUGCUGCGGCUGCCCCCACACGCCAACAUCGCCAGGGUUGUUGCGUGGCACUGCGGCGUGGUGCUUGAGAGCCGCGCCUUUCCCGCCGCUGCUACUGCUACUGCUGCUGCUGCUGCUGCUACUGCUCUUGCUACUGCCGACGGCGGCGGCAGCGUCAUGCGUGCCGUGCUGGUGCCGAGACCUGCUACUGCCGCCGACUACCGUGGCGUGCCGCCGGAGCAAAAAGACACCCGCGGUGCUGUGGCGGCCAACCCCGCCGUCCCCACAAACGUGGGCUCAACGCCGCACCCUGCUGCCGGCAUCAUGCUUGAGGACGGCGACGCAAUCGCGGCGACAGCCUCCGCCGCCGCCCACGCUGCUGCCCCGCCGCCACCACUGCUGCUACAGCCGCCACCACAGCUACUGCCGCUGCCGCUGCCCUCGCCCGUAUGCCUGGCUCUGGUGACGGACUGCGACAGGGGCACCCUGGAGGCGGCGAUGCAGGUGCGGCCGCCGCUGCUACCCGACCUCCUGAGCCUGGCGGCGGCGGCGGCGGCGUGUGGGCCGGCGGCGCGUGGAGCGGCGGCGGCGCCGGCGGCAGCAGGCCUUUCGAGGUCCUGGGAGCCCCUGCUGCGGACGCUGCUGGACGUCGCCGCCGCGCUGCGCCACUUGCACACGGGUGGCGGCGGAAACGGGACCACCUGCUGCGGCAGUCUGCCGCCGGCGGCGGUGGCAGUGGUUCACGGCGCCCUGACGCCCGCCGCCGUGCACCUGCGCUCCUGCGCCACUGACCCACGCGGCUGGGUCGCGGCACUGGCAGAUUUUGGGUCGGCGCGUGCCGUUGCUGCUGACGGCCGCAGCGCUGCCGCUGCCGCCGGCGGCGUUGCAGGCGGCCUGGCGGUGGCGGAGGCUGCCGCUGCUGAGUGCGGUGGCAGCGACCUCCGCUACAUGCCACCAGAGGCUUUCGAGGGCGCGCCGCCCGCCCCACCCGCGGAUGUCUACGCCUUCGGCCUCCUGGCCUGGAGCCUGGCCCACCGCGGUGCCGUACCGUACGACACAGAGCUGCGGCAGGCGGCGGCGGCGGCUGUAGCGGCUGCCGGCGGCGGCGCCGUCGCCGCCGGGGAGCAGCAGCAGGAGCAGCUACUGUCGCUACUUCCUCAGCUGGUGUUGCGGGGAGUGCGGCCGGGCUUUGGGUCGCACGUGCCGCGGACGUACAGCGAGAUGGUGCGAGCGUGCCUGGCCCCUGACCCCGCGCUGCGGCCCACGGCACACGCGCUGGUCGCGCACCUGUCCACCCUGCUUCACCUGGUGGCUGUAGCGCCGCCCGCGGCCGGGGCAGCAGCAGGGGCGCCGCGGCAGUAGCUGGCGUCGUACGUUCCGCCAGCAGUAGCUGGCGCUGCCGCGCGCGGCAGUAGAUAGCAUGCCGAGCGAUCACAAUGCACGCAUGCAUCCACUCGAUCGCAUUUUGCAUUUGAAAGAGAAAUGAGGCUGGCUACGGCGAACGGCUACGCCGUGUGGCCCUCGAAACGAGCAUGUAGGUUGUGUUAAAGAGCACAAGGAAAACGUUGCGCAAAGACAGUGUAUGCGAUGCAGCAAAGCGACGGUUUACGGAUGUUACCUGAAGUUACCUCGCAUACCUGCUGCGUUGAGCCGCCGGUCUUACCAACCGGAAAUCGCGCAACCCCCGCUACUCUAACCUCGAGGGGGGAUUAGUGUCCACACGCUCUCAAGGGUGCAAACCCAUGCAUGUG